CACUUCCUGCAGCAGCUGCUCGCUAUGAGGAGGGCGGCGGGCCUCGGGCGGAGCGGCCGCGUCCCGCGGGCUUGAGCGCCCACGCGCCGCCGCAGCCGCCGCGGGGGCGGCCCCGACCCCCCUGCGCUUUCGGCCAUGAGCUCUCGGUGAAUACGCGGCGUGGGCAGUCGUGGACCUGACCCUUCGAGAGGUAACGCUGGCUCAGGUUUGAGUGGCCUGCGAGAGUGAAAAAACCCUAACAUGGAGGACUUUUCCACCAGGACCUAUGGCACCAGUGGCCUGGACAACAGACCUCUGUUCGGAGAGACGUCGGCCAAGGAUCGAAUCAUCAAUUUAGUUGUUGGCAGCUUAACAUCCUUAUUGAUUCUAGUAACGCUGAUCAGUGCUUUUGUUUUCCCUCAACUACCUCCAAAACCUUUGAAUAUAUUUUUUGCUGUCUGCAUCUCUUUGAGUAGUAUUACUGCCUGCAUACUUAUCUACUGGUAUCGACAAGGAGACUUAGAACCGAAAUUUAGAAAUCUAAUUUACUAUAUCUUAUUUUCUAUCAUCAUGUUAUGUAUAUGUGCGAACCUGUACUUCCAUGACGUGGGGAGGUGAGGCUGCCAAGGAGAAAUACUUACCAGGUCUCUUCAAAGCUAUACAUUAGGACUGUGAGUCAGAGCCGGGUAAGCUAUGCUUAAGAAUCUCCUGCACAAGUCUGAUACAUGAUUUUCAUGUUAAUUGUAAAUCUAAAAUUCCCUCUUGCAGGGGAGACAUAGCCUAGAUUGCUUUGCUUUUUCUUUAAGGAGGUGGUGUUGCACCUAAACAUUCCAACCCUUAAAGCUCAAAGGGCACAAGCAAUUUUCACUUUUGAAAUUAGACUUUUUAUAAUGUAAGUGCAUGGCGAAAAGCUAUGUAACAAUCUUGAAUUUUAAGACAAAUAUUCUUUUAUUUCUGUUAAACUGAAUAUACAAUUAUUGUUCCCUAGGCAACCAACUUUUGCUUAUAACUACAAUUUCACAUUAACAAAACACAGACGGUGAAAAGACAACUUUGAUUGUGAAGACCUAAUUACAAUAAUAAAUAAAAUAAUUUAUACAA